GUUACAAAGAUUCAUAGCGCUCUCAAGUUUAGGCAGUCUUCAUGGAUAAAAGACUAUAUUGAGGAAAAUAUUCGCAAGCAAGAGAAUAAAAAAAUCAGGCGCCUAGCAAGUUCACCAUUGUAUGUAGGCUUUAAAGCAUUCGAAGGGGGAAUUACAGCA